CAUACACAAACUUUGAACUGCUUUCGUAGUUUCAGGGCCCAUCGAGCCAAAUAAUAAACUGCAGCUCAGAAUGAUCUGGUACAUGAGGAAUUCUGAGGAAUUCUGAUUCUGUAAGCGAAGACAAGUUGAGUAUUUUUGCCGAAACAAAAAUAGAUGGGCAACGGAUUGACAGGUAGCCUAGAUGUUCUAAAUUUCACGGGAGAAAAUAUGAAAUAUUAGCAUGGCGCCAUCGGAUAUGAAAUGCCAUCUGCAUGAUCUGGUGAUAUAGUUCUCUAACAGUGAUAACCUUCUAGACAUCCAUACAGCAAGAUGAAUCAGUUUGGAUGGGUCCCCAGCUUUGCAACACUUGUCAUUACUGUCCUUCUACCAGUGCUGAAUGCUGUCAAUAUCUCAGAACCAAAUCGGACAACACAACUCUAUGGACAAGAUUUUCUAGUUGCUGUACCACUAACCACUGGUUUACCAGAAGAGGGGUCUUUCCUUCAAAUCGCUUGUAUUUCUUGUCUAAGUUCAACAACCACAGGAACCGGUACCAUCAAUCUUCUAUCAGGAAACUUUUCGGACAGUUUCACCCUUGAUGCUGCACCUCCAAUCAUUUCUCUUUCGCUACACAUUUCUGCACUUGAACCUUUAGCAACUAACACCACUCCAGCUAUAUUCAACAUCACUGCAGAUGUCAACAUAACGGUGUCAGUUAUUGUCAAGGUCGGCGGAAGUCUGAGUGCCUUUACAGCAAUCCCUAGUGCAUCACUUGACAAGUAUUAUCUAGUAACUUCGCCGUAUAUGCACGAGGAUCAUUUGUCAGAGCUUACUGUUGUGGCUAUUCAACCAGACACAUCCUUUCAGUUUAGGCCAAACAUUAAUGUCACCGUUCGUGAUCAUGAGGAUAUUCCAGUGGACGCAAACUUCCACUUAGGAACUGGAGGAUGGUUGGAGUACCAGACAAGAAGAAGCUUCAUGGGGGGUCAUUUCCAUUCAGAAAUGCCGAUGCUAGGCAUUGUGGGGACACAUCUCACAUCACAUGAGCUUAGCUGGGUGCAGUCAUUAGAUCAGAUGUUCCCCUUACCAUCUUUGGGAACAAGAUAUACCGCAGUGCCUCUUAACUCCAUGGACAUCGGAAACAUUUUCCUUGUAGUUGCUAUCUGGAAAAACACUGACAUUACUUGGUAUUCAGGACGACACUCCACAGGAAACUAUCAACAUGGAAAUACCACUCUCAACAAUGGCCAGAUUUAUGAAAUUGCUAUUGGCAAGAACCAAAUAGGAUACAUCUGGGGAUCCAAACCAUUUCUUUUGCUUCACUACAUUGAACUAGGAAGCAUUGUUUUAGACACUGCUCUGGUGACAGUGCCACCAGCAGAGCAGUUCACAAAACAGGCUUUCAUAUUCUCCACUAUGUACACAAACUCUCCUGAAGUCAGCAACUACAUCAGUGUAAUGGCACCUUGUGAGUAUUUUGAUGAGAUUUUACUUACACCAAUACCCACCAAAGGUUCUGCUUUGAAAUUUGCGGAACGACCUGCAAUCAUUGAUGGAGACUUGUGUGGAGCCAUCAGGCCCCUUGAAUCUGGGGAAUACAUGAUCCGACCAAGUCCAGAUUUCCCAGAUGCUGUUUACUCAGCUAUAUUAUAUGGCAACUCAGACCGUGGUGUCUUCUCUUACAUUCUUGCCUCUGAACUUUACCAAGUCACCUGUAGUGUCAACAACUCACAGGUUCACCUAUGUACUGAAGUGAUCCGACCCUCUUUGACAACAACUGCUGCAUCUACUAUCGAGACUUCAACAGCGCCUAACAAAGACAAGAACAUUAGCAGUGGUACAGUAAUAGGAGCCGUUCUUGCAGCACUCAGUGUCACAGUUGGAUUGGCUAUUGUUGGUUACUGUGUGUAUCGCUACUUAAGAGUUCACCAUUGGAGACGCUUAGAUGAAUCAGAGUACAUGGAGGACAAUCCUCUUCGGAUGCAGUCAAUAACUGAUGGUCAGUCUACCUUUUGAAUCCAAUUUCAUCAGUAAGCAUUUCUGGACUGAGUAACUAAUGUUCCUGUAUAGUUUAUUUUAAUUUUUUAAACUCUCAUAACUUUGGACUUUUAAAGUGUUCAUUUUUAAGGAAUUUGAGGAAAAACACCCAACGAGGUCUUUAACCCACAUCUUUUCUCAAAAAGCCGACACUGUGCCAUUGAAUUUUUAAAAACAUUUUUGGAGGGGGGCUGGGAGAGGUGGGUAUGAGCUACACAGAUCUUUGCCUCGGUGGAAACAAAAUCAUCUGAAAAUUUGCAAUUGAAAAGAAAGACUGGAGGAAAUUUGGAAUGUUUUCCAAGUGAUUUAUUUGUAAAAGGUGGAAGUCCAGAUAUAAAUCUUGAAAGAUGAGCAUAAUGAGCUGUCCAACUUCACUGAUGUCAUAUUAUGCAGAUGUUACUUCUACUCAGAGUUACGAUUGAUAGGAGUGAUGUUCAUUUGUUUUAGCAUUUACAAACUGCUUCAUCAUUGAUGAUUGAUGCAUAAUUGGUGUUUGAUAUGUGUAAUUUGCUGUGUCUUUCUCUUUAUUUAGCUUUUUAUGCAAAAAGAAUUUAGAAUUUUUGCUUUUAUUACAAUUACAAAUUAUUGUCGCAACUGAAAUGCUAACAAAGUGUUGAUAAACAGAAAUAUUACUUUUGACUUGCCGUAACUUUAGGUAUAGUAUGCCUCAUGGCUAUUUCAGACUUUGAAUGUAUUUAUUUUCAGUCUUUUUAUGUCUUUCUUUUCUGAUGUUGACUUGUUAAAUCUCAAAUUUGUCAAUUUUAUAUGGACAGUACUUUCCAAGGUGUUUUUAACGUCAUGUUUUGUCUUUACUGUCAUUUGUGCACCGUGCUAUACAAAGUUGAUACAUGUAUGUAAAUUAUACUUAUAUACGUGUACGUACUGUACUGUACAUCCUACCAAUUUUUAUUAUGCAAGAAGUGCACUGAUAUGCAAUAAUACUGAUGAUUUGUCUUUAAAAAAAUUAUAUAUGGUGAUAAAUAAAUGAAAUAGUAAACCUUUCUGAAUAUUUUAAUUAUAUGCAAAAUAGGUUUAUGGGCUGCAUGCAAGCAUUGGUUUAAUUACAUUUUUAGUUGAGUGGAACUAUUUGUCAAUUCUAUGACAGAAAAAAAUACAUGUAUCCUUCAUCCUACAAAUAUAUCUGCAGUAUUAACCAUGAAACCAGUCAUGCAUUAUUUAAUAUCUGGAUGACAGCGACGACGAAAUGAAAUUAUUUCCUGGUGGAUCAAUGAAGCAAGUCCAUUUCCGCAUUUUCCAAGUCACUCUGUGGUCUGGCAUUCAUGGCAUUAGUAAUGAUUAACAGCUGGGCUUGUCUAAGUUCAUUAUGAACACUCAUGGUAGAAAACCACAUGAGCUUGUUGUAUGCACCAUGAUUUCAAUAGGAUCAGUACUUUACACAAAAUAAAUUAACUUGCAGCAAUAAUGGGCAGUCAUUACAUAUCCAUGACUACAUUAAAGGUUGGAUCCAUUUAUGUAGCCAAGGGUUUGAUUUUAUUCUAGUAAAUAAAAUUGUAAACAUUAAAUUACACAUGUACAUGUACAUGCAUGUAUAUAGGUUUUACACUAAGCAGAUUUCCAGUUUAUACUUUUCCUGCAUUGUCUUUUAUUUCUCUUUCUCAAAGCAUGAUGCAUUAACUACCAUUUACAUGUACUUCUGCAGUAAAGUCUUGAAAUAAACCAUCCUUUGAAAUUUGUAAUAUAACAUAGAGAUCAUUGGGAAAGGAAGCUUGAAAAUAAAUCAUGUUUGAAACAGGAAA